UUCCGCUACUUCUUUUGCCUAUUUUUGAAAUGACGUGACAUGUUUGACCUAAUUCAAGAUCUAAGUGCUUUAUUUAUAGCAGUUUUCAAUUAAACGAGCUAAACAAGUACAUCUAUUGGCAAUAAUGUGGUUGAUUGCGUUCAAUUUUCGUCUCUAGUUCAAUUUCACUGUGAUAUCUUGAAUAAAAUUUUAUUUACACAUUUUAUCGAGGAUAAAAAAAGCAAUAAUUAUUUUUCUAAUAAAUAAAGAAGUGUUAUCUAUCCUUAAUAAGAGUAUAUCCUAAAUUACUUUAUGAAUCGGGACUGUUUUAAUAAUUUACGUAAAAACCUCAAAAUUAUUUCAUUGAAAUAAAAAAUAAGAGCCAAAAAAUGUCGUUCGUAAAAUGUUGUUUUGAUGCUGGCGAAGGUCAUGACAUUCUGGAAUCAUUUGUGCAAAAAUGUACCGAUCCUGGCUGUUGCUGUGGCUGUUGCUCCGCACUUCGGCCAAGAUACAAACGUCUAGUUGACAAUAUAUUUCCUGCGUUACCACAGGAUGGCCUCGUCAAGUCAAAUAUGGAGAAGCUUACGUUUUAUUCACUCUCCAGUCCGGAGAAACUGGAUAGGAUCGGGGACUACCUCUUUCAAAAGGCUUCGAGGGAUAUUUAUCGGCGAAGACAUGGGUUCGUAAUAAUAGCCAUGGAGGCAAUGGACCAGCUCCUCUUAGCGUGCCAUUCGCAGACGCUCAACCUUUUCGUAGAGAGCUUCCUCAAAAUGGUGCAGAAGUUACUGGAGUCCACAGACCCCCAACUGCAGAUUCUUGCGACGCAGAGUUUCGUCCGAUUCGCGAAUAUAGAGGAGGAUACGCCAUCAUACCACCGUCGGUAUGACUUCUUCGUGUCCAAAUUCUCGGCCAUGUGCCACAGCAAUCACACGGACAAACCCACGCGAGAUAGUAUUCGACUCGCCGGGAUAAGGGGAUUGCAGGGGGUGAUAAGGAAGACUGUGUCCGACGAUCUGGUGGAGAAUAUUUGGGAGGCUCAACACAUGGAUAAGAUCGUGCCAUCGUUGUUGUAUAACAUGCAGGGCGCAGAGAAAUACGAGACGGUGUCGUGUCUCGAGCCGGAGACGGACACGAGGGAAGGCAUAGAGGAACCGCCCAAGCUGGCCGAGGCCUGUCUCCGGGAAUUGGUUGGGCGAGCCUCCUACGGACACAUCCGAUCAGUCCUCCGACCCGUACUUACGCAUUUCGAUCGCCAUGAGCUGUGGCUGCCGUGCGAUUUCGCCGUUCACAUAUUCAAGAUUAUCAUGUUCUCUAUUCAGGCGCAGUACUCGUACAGCGUGGUGGAGGCCUUAAUGCAGCACUUGGACGCCAGCGGAGGGGGGUCAGGCACACGCGUCCGCGCCGCUCGAGCCACAGUUCUUAGUAAUAUCGUUGCCAUCGCCGCUGGUGAUAGUGUUGGUCCUUCGGUGUUGGAAAUAAUCAACAAUCUCCUGACAAAUCUCCGUGCAUCGGUAGCUCGAGAUUCCGAAUUGUCAUUCCAGAAAGAGUCAGACGAGCGUCUCUACCAAGAGGCGUUGAUCAACGCGUUGGGCGAGUUCGCGGACCACUUGCCCGACUUCCAGAAGAUAGAUAUUAUGAUGUUCAUCGUCAGCAAAAUACCGAGCGGUCGCGGGAAGCCCACCAAGGCCGACUGUAUGCUGCAAAGCAUUCUGCUCAAGUCCCUGCUCAAGGUGGGAACGACGUACAAGACCACGGAGCUGAGUAAAGCCUUCCCCGCGGCGUUCCUCGAGGCCCUGCUGCGAGUGUCGAGCACCAGCGAGGCGCGCACCAGGGCGCUGCUGCAGAGGAUCCUUCACACGCUGCUCGACAGACGGGCGAACGCCCCGCUGCUCAUCGUGCCCACAGUGAAUUAUGAACAACUAGGCCUGACCGUGGAAAAAUGCUCCCGUCCCGACUUGAUCUUCAUCAGCAAACACGGCUACGCUAUCUUCAGCUCGCUGUAUGAAGGCCUCCAGCUCGAAUCGAACACGGCCGAGAACAUAUCGGCCAUAUACACCACUCUAUCUCUGCUCGCCAUCGAGCUGGCCUCCGAGGAAACCGUCUGCGACAUGCUUCAACUCAUUCUGGCUAUCCAGCAGUCGGCGAUUUCGAACCCGGUGCUGUCUGCGGCUCAGCAGUGUCAGCUCCACGCCGUAGCCGUCGCGCUGGCGGCUUUGGUUCCGCACGUGCUGGUGCUGCCGCCGCUCGGCGAUUACGUUAAGCAGAUAAUAGAGGCUCGUCGCGAAGAAGCCGAGCACAUGCUGCCGCCUCUCUCGGACGAGUACGACGUGCCGCCCAACAAAUUGCCCAACAAGUUGCCCUACUUGAUGAUCGACCAGAUGGCGCUGGGCGAAUGCCUGAAGGCGAGCGGCAUCGAGCCCAGCCGCCUGCAGACCGCGUCCCCCUACACCGGCGGCGCCACCGUCGGCCUCGCGCACCGCCACAGCUGGGUGGAGGCCGGAGCGACGCAGGGCCGGGACAGCCUGGCCGACAUAUCCGCGGGACCCGUCACCGAACUCGACAGCGCCAACAGCUCCCCCGGAGUGCAGAGGCAUCCCGCGCAGAGCGAGAGCGUGAGCCUGGAGGCGCUGCGUCGGGCGGCGAGCGGGCCGAGCGAGGCGGAGCGACGGGACGCGGAGAGGAGGAAGGUGUCCCUCAACAACACCUUCCGGACUGCGCCCUUCGACCAUCUGCUGCACAUCACGCAGCCCAAGUACGAGAUCCAAGACAAGCUGGAAGAGAUCUUCAACUCCAUCUCCGAGGAGCCCCUCCUGCCCGUCGGAGCCGGCUCGCCCGCGGGCAAGACUCAGAACCAAGUACAGCCCUACACCAAGUAUUUGACGGAGCUGUUUCUCUACUGAGGUGGACGGUGUGAUCGGCCUUUUCGUACGUUAAAAGGCCGCAGUGGACUUUUCUCGCAGUAUCCAGAAGUUAAUAAUAAAUGCAAUGCAAUAUCUUAAAGCCGAUUUAGUGAAAUUGAGAGAUUAAAACAUACACACACACACACACGUACAUUGUUUGAAAGGUUUCGUUUGUGAGAGCAUCGUCACAUAUUCUUCCUCGAGGCCAGUCUUUCGGGGUCACUGGUCGGCAUGCUUUUUAACUUAACCCGGCUCGAGGCGGGCGAGGUGGUCGACUAGGAAUUUGGUAAAUUAUCUGAACCAGUGGGAGAAUGGUUCCACGAAAACGAUCAAAACACAGAACACUUGCACUUGAACAUAAGAGUAGCGGCGCUCGAGAAGCGUCUUAGGACUUAACGGAAACGGUGAGAUCUGGGGCGAAAGAUCCUCCUUCUACACCGGUCUAUAGUUUUGGGGACGAUAUUUUGCCUUCUCGGCCGUCUAUCAAGAUGCAUCGUGAUACUGAAAUACGAAAUGUAAUAAUUACAACAUAUGUAAACUUUAAAUGCGUAUACGAUACGUUACGUAUACGUUCAUUCGAUUGAGACGUUUAUGAAUCGGUAUGAGGGUAGUCGCUAAAUAUGGGGUUUGAAUUUGAGGAAACGCUUAUAUCAUAAUGCUAUUAUACUAAUACUACUAUAGGUAUUGUAGUUGGUAAUUAAAAUUCAUUCGUCGGUUAAAAUAUAUAGACACAAAUAAUAAGUAUAUACAUAAUCAAAAUUGAAUGACGGAAUACCUGGAGUGUCCCUCUGACGCCAAUCGAGUUUCUUUGGAGCGGCUCACGCCCGAUGCAAACCGGUAUUCGAUCCGUCCGAAUUUCACGAAGACAAACUG